GGAAGCGACAUUUAAACUCAGAACCUUCUCACUGUAACUCAGCUGAACUCACACCUCCUGCCAACAUGACCUACAGCUGCUGUUCUGGAAACUUCUCCUCCCGCUCCCUUGGGGGCUACCUGCACUACCCAAGCUCCUCCUGUGGCUCUUCUUCCCCCAGCAACCUGGUCUACCGCACUGACCUCUGCUCUCCCAGCACGUGCCAGCUGGGCUCCUCCCUCUACAGCGGCUGUCAAGAGACCUCCUGUGAGCCCACCAGCUGCCAGACGUCCUGCGUGGUGUCCAGCCCCUGCCAGACGUCCUGCUCCCGCCCGAGGACCUCCACGUUCUGCGGUCCCUUCCAGACGACUUACUCUGGGUCUGUGGGCUGUGGGUCCAGAAGCUGCCAUUCCCUGGGCUGUGGAUCCAGAAGCUGCUACUCUCUGGGCUGUGGAUCCAGUGGCUUCAGACCCCUGGGUUAUGGAGUCUGUGGUUUCCCUUCCCUGAGCUAUGGAUCCAGUUUCUGCCGCCCAACCUACUUCUCCUCCAGGAGCUGUCAGUCAUCAUGUUACAGACCAACCUGUGGAUCUGGAUUCUAUACAUCCACUUGUUAAGGGUGCAGACAUUUUGAGGAGUGUGUCGAAUCUCUAAACAGGGAACCUAUCAUCUUCAUGAUCUUCAGGAAAAAGUCUUCAGUCACCUUUUCUCCAGCCACAAAGCACUGACCAAAAAACCUGUCUCUAACAUAUACUGAACUUAAUGAUUAAUUUUAUUGGAUUAAUUGAUAGAAUUGGUGGAAUUAAAUAAAUGGUGAGAUCAAUUAAUGGAAUUUAUGUUAAUAAACAUGAAUUAUCGUUAAUGAAA